UAAUUUUUUUCUACAUAUUUUGAAAAAUUUUUUUCUCUAAAAAUCAUAAAUUUUUCAGUAUUUUAACUUAAAAAACAAAUUAAAGUGUUAAAACAGAAUUAUGGGUUGCUCGAUAAAUUUGUAAAUUUUAUCCCAAACUAAUUCUUUCUUUUUCUAUCAAACAUAAAAUAUUGUGCAUUUUCAAAAAACCCCAACAAAAUCAAUUUCGUGCGUUCCGUGUAAAAACACAAAAACAAAAAAUCUACGCUCUGGGAUAAAAACGGAAAAACCCGCUACAACGGUUAAAUUCCCAAAACUUCAUCAAAUCAAAAACACUAAAACAACAAAAUCCAAAACUCUAACGACACAAAGCUACAAAAAUUGCAAAAGGCGCCAACACACAAUUCUGGACCCAAGCCAAGCGCCCACCUACACACACACACACAUACACACACAUCAAAAAAGAAGCUUCAAAAUAAUGGCCGGAUAUUUACCUCGCCCAGAGUCCCCACGACCCGCCAGACCCACACGCCCUCGCUUCGACCCACGGGAACCCAGGUAUCGCCCCGCAUCUUGGCAGUAUGCCUGUGGCCUCUGCCAGGAGGACCACGCCAUACGGUCAUGCCCGCGGUUCCGGCAAAUGACACCGUAUCAGAGAUACGAGACAGUUGAGAGACGGAGUUACUGUCGGAACUGUCUGGCGCGCAGCCAUCUGGCCCCAGACUGCCCCGUGGUCACUGCCUGCCGAACAUGCGACUACCGCCAUCACACAAUGCUGCAUGGAGCCCCACAGCUUAGGGAGACAUAUGGCAGCUACAGCCCGCCCCCAAUGGAGAUUGCCAACCCACGGCAACUUGCAAUCGAACCAGCCAACCAGAUGCCCAUCGUCCAAGGCCCUCCCCCGGUCGAGAUACCUUACAGCCGGGCCACUGUUUUUGUACCCACGGCGAUGGUGGAAUUGGCACCCGAGGAGCAGGACGAUUGGGCUGGGGUACGGGUACUUUUGUGCCAGGCAUCGACCAUCACCCGAAUCGCGGCAGCCACAGUAACUCGCCUGGGGAUACCAACGAGAGAGCGCAGAGGGCACCGUCUGGCAACAAUAAGACUUCGGUCAAGGCAUGCGUCGAGGAGGACCAUGUAUACCAUCCGGGCAGUGGUGACCCGGGAUUUGCCGCGACGACCCUAUUCAGAUCCCAUCAUUCCCGACCCCACAAGCAGCCUAAGAUCCCUUUCUUUGGCAGAUGCUGACCCUAGAGGCAACGAACCAAUCGAUGUAGAGGUAGGGGCCGAUGCCUACGCCCACCUCCGGAGGAGUGGUGUUGUACAACCCGGAUUGGGAGCCGUCUUCGCCCAGGAGACAGAUUGGGGAUACGUGUUCGUCGGCCCAGUCACCUCACAGGCAAGAAACCAAAAUUAAAAAGGUAAGAUGUCACUUCGUCACUUGGAGGGGGAGAAUGUUCAAAGUACGUUUGAACAUGAAGUCAUGUGCACCCAUGUGCAGACAUGCGUUCACGUAUGCACAUGACCCACUGUGCAUAACGGUACAUUGAAGUAAGUUCUUAAUCGCUGAUUCCGCCUUGACUUCAUAUUUGUUUACCUGGAAUUGUUGCUUGUAGCUUGGAAAGUUGACCGUUUUCGCGGGGUCCAAGUGACAAGCAACAACCAAAAAAAGAUCAGUCUCGUUUUAAAUCUCAAACCCGCGCAUCGUAUUCUCUCCCC